UGUCGCCCAAUCGGCAUCUUUUUGUUUCGCCAUCCCGGAAGUAGCUACAUUUCAACCAAAUUGCAACAUGGCGACACCCAUGCACAGAAUUAUUGCCCGUCGGCAAGCGGAGGCAAAUAAACAACAUGUUCGGUGUCAGAAGUGUUUGGAGUUUGGACACUGGACAUAUGAGUGUACUGGCAAACGAAAAUACCUUCACAGGCCAUCAAGGACAACAGAAAUGAAAAAUAAACUGAAAGAAAAUCAAAAUAAACAGGUCAAUGCCACAGGACCAGGAAAGGAAAGCUCCAAUGAGAAAAAAACGAAGAAGAAAAGGUCAAAGGAUGCAAGUGGUGGUGGUAGUAGUAGCAGCAGCAGUGACUCUGACAGCUCUUCCAGUGACUCAUCGUCUGACAGUAGUGACUCCUCAAGCUCUUCGUCGGACGACAGUGACAGCAGUAGUGACAGUUCUGACAGCUCUAGCUCCUCUUCCUCUAGCAGUUCAAGCAGCUCGGCCUCUGAUUCAUCAGAAGGAAGUGAUUCAGAUCAAGGUCCUCCCAAGAAGAAAAAGAAGAAAUGAAAAAGAUUUAUAUGUAUUGUGUUCCACCAUGACAUUAACCUGAGCUCCACUCUGACCCUCUAGCUGUUCAGGAGUUGUCUUACGAAGUAUACGGUGUAAA